CAAACCCUUAAAUCCCCAACCCUAACAUUUCUCCUUGAACUCUCAACGCUGCCGCCCGUCCCCUCCCCUUCCCUCCCCCCUCGGCCUCUCCGCCCCUCCUCUGAUACAGCCACGCGCCUCCCGCCUCCCGCCUCCCGCCGAUCGUCCCUCUGCUCUUCAAGCUGUCAACGUUGUUGAUGCGUCCGGUGGUCCUGGUUGCUUCUGCGCUCUCUUCCGCUGCUUCCUCUGGUCCUCGUCGCUGCGAUCACUGGUGCAGUCCUUCUGCCGUCCAGUGCUGCUCCCCGCCGCUGGGCUCGUUCUCAAUCACGCCGCCGCUGCUCCUCGCUGCGUCCUCAGCUACUGCAGAUGAAUGACAUAUGUAUCAGCCAAAGUGUAUUCCUAGUUCAAGUUUGGUCCACAAAAGCUCAUUGGUUCAUGGUCAGUAUUUAGAUUGUGGUGCCAAUUCAAUGGACCCCAUUAGUGGAGGGAACAGUCUCAACAGCAACCCUACUCUUGCUUCAAAGCAGCGACUACGUUGGACUCAUGAGCUUCAUGAACGCUUUGUUGAUGCAGUGGCACAACUUGGUGGACCAGAUCGGGCUACUCCCAAAGGUGUUCUCAGAGUCAUGGGUGUGCAAGGAUUAACAAUAUACCACGUCAAAAGCCAUUUACAGAAAUAUCGACUUGCAAAAUACCUCCCUGAUUCUUCAUCAGAUGGGAAAAAAGCUGACAAGAAAGAAACUGGAGAUAUGCUUUCCAAUGUGGAUGGUUCAUCUGGAAUGCAAAUUACAGAAGCACUGAAGCUGCAGAUGGAAGUGCAAAAGCGACUGCAUGAGCAAUUGGAGGUGCAAAGACAGCUACAAUUACGCAUUGAGGCCCAAGGGAAGUACCUGAAGAAGAUAAUUGAAGAGCAACAGCGACUCAGCGGAGUCCUUGGAGAGGUGCCUGUUCAAGGGGCUUCUGCCCCAAUAUCAGGUGAUAAUUGUCCAGAAUCAGACCACAAGACUGACCCAGCGACCCCUGCUCCAACUUCUGAGUCCCCUGUUCAAGACCAGGUUGGCAAGGAGUGUACCUCAACCAAAAGCCUUUCUAUUGAUGAAUCAUUCUCAUCUCGCCAUGAGCCAUUGACUCCAGAUUCACGUUGUAACGUUGGUUCCCAAUCUGAGAGCCCUAAAGGUGAGAGGUCACUGAAGAAGCAACGGGUAUGUGUCGGCGCAGCAUAUUCAAAAUCAGAGAUGGUCCUUACUCACCAGAUACUGGAAUCAAGCUUAAACUCUUACCCGCAGCCACAUUCUGUAUUCAUGGCUAGAGAGCAGUUUGAUCCUUCAUCUGGAUUAUCUAUUGGAAAUGAAGAUGAAAUGGAGAAGGUUCCAGGAAACGAUCUUUAGUUUGGGAUGCUUCAUGAUCUCUGCCCUUGACCACUCUUCAUUUUGCUUUUCUAUGUAAUUUCUAAUAUGUUCUCGGGGCUCAAUUUCCCCUAUCUAUAUUGUAACAAUGUUGUCCUUAAACUUUAAUUUGUAACAUAGAACCUCUAAACUUUAAAUUGAGCAACACAAAAGCCCUAUUAACCCUA